CCCCUCGCCGCCUCAGCCUGGCGGGGAGGAGGAGGAGGAGGAGGAGCAGCAGGCCUCCGGGCCCUGGCACCGCCGCCCGCAGGACAUUUCUGAUUCAUUUGCAUCCUUGAAGAGCAUCGGUAGAAGAGGAAGGAAAAGAUGGGUGUGAAAACAUUUACUCAUAGCUCCUCUUCCCACAGCCAGGAAAUGCUUGGAAAGCUAAAUAUGCUUCGAAAUGAUGGACAUUUUUGUGAUAUCACUAUUCGUGUCCAGGACAAAAUCUUCCGGGCACAUAAGGUGGUACUAGCAGCUUGCAGUGAUUUCUUUCGCACCAAACUUGUAGGCCAAGCAGAGGAUGAGAACAAGAAUGUAUUGGAUUUGCAUCAUGUUACAGUGACUGGCUUUAUACCCCUUUUAGAAUAUGCUUACACAGCCACUCUGUCAAUUAACACAGAAAAUAUCAUUGAUGUUCUAGCUGCAGCCAGCUAUAUGCAAAUGUUCAGUGUUGCUAGCACCUGCUCAGAGUUCAUGAAAUCAAGCAUUUUAUGGAAUACACCCAACAGCCAACCAGAAAAGGGUCUAGAUGCUGGACAAGAAAAUAACUCUAACUGCAAUUUUACGUCUCGAGAUGGAAGCAUUUCUCCAGUGUCUUCAGAGUGCAGUGUGGUAGAAAGAGCCAUUCCUGUUUGCCGAGAGUCGAGGAGAAAGCGCAAAAGCUACAUUGUUAUGUCUCCUGAAAGUCCUGUAAAGUGUAGCACACAAACAAGUUCUCCACAGGUAUUGAAUUCUUCAGCUUCCUACUCAGAAAAUAGAAAUCAACCAGUUGACUCUUCUCUAGCUUUUCCCUGGACUUUUCCUUUUGGAAUUGAUCGAAGGAUUCAGCCUGAUAAGCUUAAGCAAGCAGAAAAUACCCGGACUUUAGAAUUACCUGGCCCAUCUGAGACAGGUAGAAGAAUGGCUGAUUAUGUGACUUGUGAGAGCACAAAAACUACCUUACCUCUGGGUACCGAGGAAGAUGUCCGGGUCAAAGUAGAAAGGUUAAGUGAUGAGGAGGUCCAUGAGGAAGUAUCCCAGCCUGUCAGUGCAUCUCAGAGUUCACUGAGUGAUCAGCAGACAGUGCCAGGAAGUGAACAAGUCCAAGAGGACCUUCUGAUUAGUCCACAGUCUUCCUCUAUAGGUUCAGUAGAUGAAGGCGUCACUGAAGGGUUACCUACACUUCAGAGCACUUCCAGCACCAGUGCUCACGCAGAUGAUGAUGAUCGAUUGGAAAAUGUUCAGUAUCCCUACCAACUCUACAUUGCUCCUUCCACCAGCAGCACAGAACGGCCAAGUCCAAAUGGUCCCGAUAGACCUUUUCAGUGUCCAACAUGCGGGGUGCGAUUCACCCGUAUUCAGAACCUGAAACAGCACAUGCUCAUCCACUCAGGAAUUAAACCAUUUCAGUGUGACCGAUGUGGGAAAAAGUUCACCAGGGCUUACUCGCUAAAGAUGCAUCGCCUAAAGCAUGAAGGUAAACGCUGUUUCCGGUGCCAGAUAUGUAGUGCCACUUUCACUUCCUUCGGGGAAUAUAAACACCACAUGAGGGUUUCCCGGCACAUUAUCCGCAAGCCUCGGAUUUACGAGUGCAAAACAUGUGGCGCCAUGUUCACCAACUCUGGAAAUUUAAUCGUGCACCUGAGGAGUCUGAACCAUGAAGCGUCAGAGCUAGCAAACUACUUCCAGAGCAGUGAUUUCCUAGUACCGGACUACUUAAACCAGGAGCAAGAAGAGACCCUUGUUCAAUAUGAUCUUGGAGAACACAGUUUUGAAAACAACUCCUCUGUUCAGAUGCCUGUAAUUUCACAGGUCUCCUCGACCCAGAAUUGUGAAAGCACUUUUCCCUUGGGGUCUCUUGGUGGGCUGACAGAAAAAGAGGAGGAAAUGCCAGGGCAGCCAAAGACCAGUGCUUGUGCCGAGGCAACCAGAGAGGACCCCCCAAAAUCAGAGCUGUCUUCUGUAACUAUUGAGUAAUUUCAUGGUUUGGCUUCAUUUUUGAUUUUUGGAAAGUGCCUGUGCUUGGUCUUGUACAUUUGAAUUUAAUUUAACUUUUUAAGCAAAAAAGCGUUUGGGAAAGAAUUUCCCUUUUUACUUUGUAAGUUCUGCAACUGAUGUUUUAUCUUUCAUGACUGAGAGAUUGCUUCUGUAAGUGCACAAUAACAUGGUGUUGAAAUAUAAUAGAAACCUUGAGACUUAAGGAGAACCAGUUGACUUAAAACUUGUAUCAGUUUCCUCUUCCAUUAUCAGGAGUAGGCUAACAACAGAUCAUUAGGUCAAGAAGAAAUCAGAUGAUUAUUGACCUUCCUGAAAUGAAAGCGUACACCAGAAACAUAUUACUGAACGAAUCUGGCAAAUGGCCUGAAUAGAUGUUUACUCCUAUACACAGGAUAUUGUACAGUCUUUUGUAAAGCCUGUUGUUUUUGGAAGUAUUUAUGGUGAGCUUUCUUAAAAAUUAUUAGGGUAUAUACUUCUGAAAUCCCACGUGUUUUGUUUUGUUUUUUUAAGCUUUGUCACUAUAAUUUUUCAUGGUGAAAAUUUGGUAUUGGGAUAGGUAUUCCCUGUACCUUUAUAGUACCUCUCCUCCAAAUAAUCUUUCUUCUGUGAAAGAAGGCGAAGAACCACGGUUAAGGAUAGUCAACUUGUGCAUGAAAUGACCAGGAACAGAGAAUAUAGUAUGCGAAUCUCGGCUUUAUAGGAACUCUUUCAUACUGCUUUUCUGGAUAAAAUUAUUGUUUACCUGGUCUUUGAAUGUUAAUGCCUGGCUAAUUGGGUCGUAGCCUAAAUCAGUUUUCUCUUGCCUAUACUUGGCAUGAUCCCAUGAAAAGGAGAUAUACUGGAGAUGUUCUAUAUUUUAUACAUAGGUUUGUGUAUUGUUGAGGAUGUUUUUAUUCUGCUGUUUUGGACAAAAUAAAGAAUUCUCUGUUAAGGCUAUAUUCUUAACCCAACUGCGAUUGUUUACAAAAUACCCAUAUGACAGUGAUAAAUUGUCCUUAUUCCAAAAUAGUUUAAGACAUUGCCAAAUGUCAUAUUAAAAGCAGUUAGGAUAGUUU